GGGAAUUGGGAGAGGAGAGGCAGAGACGCCUGGUCUGGAGACCAGACACAAACAAAACUGGAAGAAGACGGGAGAGCCAGCACGAGCAGGCCGCGCACGAUGGCCGCCUUGCCACGAGCAGCCAGCCCCUCCCAGCAGCCCCCAGGCCCAGAGGAGGAAGACGCCAGCCUGGAUGAGUGCGACCUGUACAGCCUGGCCCAUCCUUGCCUGGGCGGAGGAGGCAGGAAAGGUCGCAGCAAGAGAGAAGCUGCUGCCAACACCAACCGUCCAAGCCCUGCUGGGCAUGAGAGGAAGCUGCUGACCAAGUUCCAGAACUCCGAGAGGAAAAAGGCCGGGCGCUGAGCCAUGGAGAUGAGGCCAGACCACACCCAGCAAUGGAGACAGGACACCACACCCAACAAUGAAGACAGGCCUCAGAGGAACCAGGACCUGGAGACAGAAUCCAGUCCUGUUUGCCUCCCACCCCACCCCCAGGACAUACCCCGACUGAGUGAGGCUCUGGAGGGGGGCACCAAAGAAGACCCUCCAGGCCCAGCAAAGGACAAGAUAGGAGCAAGAGGCAGGGGGGUUGGACAAUAAAGGCAGCCAGGCCCCUCAAAAAGAGAAAUGCUGAAGAAACAAGCCUCCCACCCAAGUGGUGGCAACAAUAAACAGUACGGGAGCCUCA